AUGGUUUAUAUGCAGGAUCGUAACAAAAUCACGUUUUCCACGAAUGAUGUUGCUGUUAAUAAUCCGCUUCCUGAAGCGUGGAAGGAUAGUGAGUUGGCUGGAAGUGUGGAUCCAAACACAGUUUUUGUUGGUGAAGAACUAGGCAAUUAUGAACCCAAGACACCGGAGAUGCCUUCCAACCAGCCGGGUAAAUGA